CAGUCUACUUAGAGACUUUGGGGGAUUUACAUCGCUCUCAGUCUUUACAUAUCACAGCGCGAGUGACUGUGAACUUAGUGUUGCCGUUUUAAAAACAAUUGAACAUACAUAUCAUUGCCACCUGUUCUAGCCACACACUCUUAUGUACACGAGACAGUGGUUAAGGAUUGAGUAGUGUAGAGAUGAAUUUUGAUAAAUACUUGAUAAAAUUGGCAGACUACUUCCGAUUAAAUACGUCACGUUAAGAGUUGUUAAAAAAGACGCCAGAAAAAUGGGUUAUCAUAUUAAAAUUAUACUUACCAAAUUGUUGUUGUGCGUUUGUAUAUCGCGAGUGUGGGCUCGAUCGUGGGCAAAUCAUCAUGAUACUACAUCGUCUACGACUCAAACGACACCCACAACCAGUCCUGUACCGAAAAAUUUUCAUAAUGAUCCCCUAAUUGUGGAAACCAAAAGCGGACUUAUCAAAGGUUAUGCUAAAACUGUCAUGGGUCGUGAAGUGCAUAUUUUUACUGGUAUCCCCUUCGCCAAACCACCUUUAGGACCGCUAAGAUUUAGAAAACCAGUCCCGAUUGACCCUUGGCAUGGAGUUCUAGAGGCAACAGCUAUGCCCAAUAGUUGUUAUCAGGAACGGUAUGAAUAUUUUCCGGGAUUUGAAGGAGAAGAGAUGUGGAAUCCUAAUACAAACAUAUCAGAAGACUGCCUUUAUUUAAACAUUUGGGUACCACAACAUUUAAGAGUUCGACAUCAUCAAGACAAGCCUCUUACGGAAAGGCCAAAAGUGCCUAUUCUAGUUUGGAUAUACGGAGGAGGCUUUAUGAGUGGAACAGCUACACUUGACCUGUAUAAAGCAGAUAUAAUGGCUUCAUCGAGUGAUGUUAUAGUAGCGUCAAUGCAAUAUAGAGUUGGUGCAUUUGGAUUUUUAUAUUUAAAUAAAUAUUUUUCUCCUGGAAGUGAGGAAGCACCCGGAAAUAUGGGUCUUUGGGAUCAACAAAUGGCUAUUCGCUGGAUAAAAGAUAAUGCUAAAGCAUUUGGAGGCGAUCCGGAGUUAAUAACUCUUUUCGGAGAGUCUGCUGGAGGAAGUAGUGUGAGCUUGCAUAUGUUAUCCCCGGAAAUGAAAGGAUUAUUCAAACGAGGAAUCUUGCAAUCUGGAACUUUAAAUGCUCCAUGGAGUUGGAUGACUGGAGAGAGAGCUCAAGAUAUUGGAAAAGUUUUAGUCGAUGACUGCAAUUGUAACAGCAGUUUAUUAAGUGCGGACCCAAGUUUAGUAAUGGAUUGCAUGCGAGGUGUUGAUGCCAAGACGAUUUCAGUACAGCAAUGGAAUUCUUAUACUGGUAUUUUGGGUUUUCCGUCGGCACCAACUGUGGAUGGAAUAUUUUUGCCAAAAGAUCCCGAUACGUUGAUGAAAGAAGGUCAUUUCCAUAAUACAGAAGUGCUUCUCGGAAGCAACCAAGACGAAGGGACAUACUUUCUGCUUUACGAUUUUCUCGACUACUUCGAAAAAGAUGGUCCAAGUUUCCUGCAAAGGGAGAAGUUUUUGGACAUAAUAGACACCAUUUUUAAGGAGUUCUCUAAAAUUAAAAGAGAAGCUAUUGUAUUUCAGUACACCGAUUGGGAGGAAAUCACCGACGGCUAUUUGAACCAGAAGAUGGUUGCUGACGUCGUAGGGGAUUAUUUCUUCGUGUGCCCAACAAAUUAUUUUGCUGAAAUUCUCGCUGAUUCUGGUGUAGACGUUUACUAUUACUACUUUACACACAGAACUAGUACAAGUCCUUGGGGUGAAUGGAUGGGAGUGAUUCAUGGGGAUGAAGUGGAAUAUGUCUUCGGGCAUCCCCUGAACAUAUCUUUACAGUACCAUACUCGUGAACGUGACCUGGCUUCUCACAUAAUGCAAUCAUUCACCAGAUUUGCUUUAACCGGUAAACCUCACAAGCCUGAUGAGAAAUGGCCACUUUACUCUCGGACAGCCCCUCACUAUUACACUUACACUGCUGAUGGCCCCAGUGGCCCGGCCGGCCCGCGUGGUCCCCGAGCUUCCGCCUGCGCCUUCUGGAACGACUUCCUCAACAAGCUUAAUGAACUGGAGCACGUGCCAUGUGAUGGAGCCGUCACCGGACCAUAUAGCAGCGUCGCUGGCACUACGCUACCCAUCGUACUACUAACUACUCUUGCGAUUUCUGUAGCACUUUAAACAAAUAGAAAAAACUCCCGUGAUAAUGGCCUCGGCGUAGGGCUCCCACUGUGAAAUUAUAUAUAAUCACCUAUAUCUUAUAAUUAAGUUUAUGAAAAUGGCACUGAAACUUUAAGAUACGAUUUUUUCAUUAUUGACUGGUACAGUUAUCAAAGAUGGGGUAGACUGUUUCUCACUAGCAUCCCUUAUUAUUAGUCUGCAAUAAACUUGUAAUGCAAUUUAAUGUGGUAAGGGAACACCUCCUUACUUAAUUAUUUUGUAAUUUUUGUCUUUACUUGUAAGGGAUCUAUCGGUUGAGAUAAAACACAUAACAAUACGAGGUGUAGAUAUUGUGGACAGCUGAACAUUUUCUCAUAUUGUUGUUUGUGAACAUCUUAGCUAAAUAGUAGCUAAAAUGUUCCUCUACCCAGUAGACAUGUAGGUAUUGUAUAUCGAGUUUAGAUUCGGUCAGGUCAACCUAGACCGUACGCGUUAGACUAACUAGACAAUGUUUAACAUCGGCUUUAACUGUUAAAGCUAAGCUUUUACAUGACAUUGAAUUUGUCACUAUACAUAUCAAUGUGUGCCUCGGCUUUAUAGCAAAUGUUACAUAUCUUAAUUAGAUCGAAAUUUUAGAAAUUUAUAUUAUAUAUAUGUAUAUGAGUGUACGUUGUGAGACGAAUUUUUAAAAAUAUAUACUAUUUAGGAUGCUAACAAUCAAUGUUACCACCACUUCAUGAUCUUAUGAAUUCCAAAUCUUAUGACUUCAAAAAAAUAUAUAACUAUUUUGUAAAUAAUACCUUCUUACAAUUAGAUCGCGGUAACAGAUGUAAAAUUUUCUAUGCAUGUAUGUGACGGUAUAUUUAAACCUUAGUGGAAUAAUAAUAAAUAAAGUAAAAGUAAGUAUGAUAUAUAAUUCGUGCAUUUUAUAAUAUUUAGAAUAGCACUGCCAGGAGACACAUUUCUUUCCAUCUUAGUAAACUUUGUACAAAACCUAAAAAAAUAUGAAAAAAUAUGACCAAUGAAAAUAUUGAAAAAAAAUAAAUAAAUAACCGUAGAUAAUAUAAUCCUUCGAAUUUAACUAUCACAGUAUCUAUUA